AAUAAACGGAAGCGGUCAAACAACCUCCCUCCUGUUCAGGGAACACAAAUAUGUUAUUUGGGUGUGUCUAGCUUAACACACCCCGACAGACUUGUUACAUGACGAGGUUUUUUUCGUCGUAGGGCGUUAUACUCAAAGAGAGCAAAUUUCUUAUCGUUUUUAUUUUAUUUUAUACAACUUACUCGAUUUCAUUGGCAUGGUAAACCCAAAACUGAUCCAGUGAUUGAGGCUCUUUCGACUCCACCUGCUGGUUAAUGUGGACACGAAUUUUGACUGACUGCUAGCUUACAUUUUUGGCACGGAAGGUGGGCCAGGAGAAGCGCCUUACAAGUCGUGUUUUUAUUCCAAAAACUUAUUUUGAAGGAUUAAACGCAUGCUUCGACGUUUCUUUCUCCAAGAUUCGACAUCAUUUUAUAUAGUUUUCUGGAUUUGAGACACCGCGUGAAGUUAUUAAGGCAGCAUGUCCAGGUCUGAUUUUCCACCGGGUUAUGAUGAGUCUCGACUGCUCUCUAACCCUGAUCCUGGGAGCGGUUACCCACCUUCUGCCCCAGCAUAUGGCUUCGGUUCACAUGGGGGGCCACCGCCUUACUCACAGCCCAAUAACGCUUACCCUGGAGAGCCUGGAGGGUACCCUGGGCAGCCUGGAGGGUACCCUGGGCAGCCUGGAGGAUACCCUGGGCAGCCUGGAGGGUACCCUGGGCAGCCUGGAGGAUACCCUGGGCAGCCUGGAGGGUACCCUGGACAGCCUGGAGGGUACCCUGGACAGCCUGGAGGAUUCCCCCCGCCAAUUAUGCCACCCAUAGCUAUCCCUGUUGUUUCUACUGAUUCAGAUGACAAUGAAGGAUUUACCACAGCAGAAGGAUUUGACAGUACUCAAAUCCGACACAGUUUUAUACGAAAAGUUUAUCUGAUCCUCGCUGUACAGCUUCUCGUCACAGCCGGAAUCGUGUCUGUUUUCACAUUUGUGGACUCCGUAUCAGUGUUUGUGAGAAAAAACCCAGCAGUUUACUGGACUUCAUAUGCUGUCUACUUUAUUACACACAUGGUACUCGUUUGCUGUCAGGGACCCAGGAGGCGUUGCCCAUGGAAUGUGAUUCUGUUGUCCAUUUUUACAUUGGCAUUGUCAUACAUGACUGGGGCAAUAGCGAGUUACUAUAGUACUAAAGCAGUGUUCUUGGCCCUGGGCAUCACUGUUCUCGUGUGCGUCGCUGUGACUGUCUUCUGCUUUCAAACUAAGGUGGAUUUCACUAAAUGUGCUGGCUUUUUUGCCGUGCUUGGAAUUGUCGUGUUUGUGACCGGCAUCAUAACUGCUAUCGUGCUGUCAUUUAAAUACAUGCCAUGGCUUCACAUGCUGUAUGCUGGUAUAGGGGCCGUUGCAUUUACUCUGUUUCUGGCUUACCACACCCAGCUUCUGAUCGGGAACAGGAAAAUGACUAUCGAACCUGAGGAAUAUAUUUUUGCCGCUCUCACUCUUUAUGUUGACAUUAUUCAGAUUUUCCUCUUCCUCCUACAAAUUAUUGGAUUAGCACAGAGAUAAAAGCUUUAAGUCGGCAUGUAUUGUCAUAAAGGCUUUUUUAUGCACUAUGCAAUGUCUUUUCUGUCCAGUUAUGGACCAGAACAUUUACUCAAAUUAUAAAAUCCUACUGAUCUUAGAACAUUUUACUGAUCAAUUCCUGUUAGCUGUCAUAGGAAUAGUAUGUUUGUGAAUAUCUUAACAGUACUCUUACAGUCUAUUCAUAUGAGGGAUUUUUCUAUGUGAUGCUGCCCAUCACUUUGAGUCAAGUCACAAUAGACAAAAAAUGUAGUGUCAUUUAUAUUGAUGUAUGGUCUUCAAUAUGACAUUCUGUAUUAUAUUGAACCUCUACUAUACAGUAAUGGUUAUAGCCUUUUCUGCUGUGUAAAUAGCAUUUUUAUUUUAUUGAUAAGUCUUAAAUACACAUUUAUCUUGCAGACAUCUCUAUAUUUAUAUACAAAUUUGAUCUAUAUCAUUUUAUAUCAGAAUCGCAGUGUUUGAGCUUAAAAACAAAUUGCUUUACUUUAUCUGAUAAUACACUUAACAUAUUAUAAGAUUAUCUGAUUUGGUGCCUUGUUUGUUUUUAUUUAGUGCCAAAUAUAUACAAUACAUACAAUGUCAACUUUUUACAUAGAUUGUCAGAUUACAAUGAUAUACAUAAGAUUGAAGUUUGUGGGAACAUUGUCUGUUUGGUUAAAUAGUUUUAUGUCAAAUGAAGUGGCUGAAGUUUCAAAUGUAUAAUUGCAGUUCUUGGAGUAGUAAAUAAAAUGAACACAGAGCAGUUCUCAUA